AUGAAAGUAGUCAGGAAAUACAAACAAGCAUCAGGCCAAUGUAUCAACUUCAAGAAAUCCUUAAUACUCUUUGGUAAGAGGAUCAACGCAACUGUUAGACAACAGAUUAAAGAUACACUUGGAAUCCAGAAUGAAGGAGGAAUGAGUACAUACCUAGGAAUUCCAGAAGACAUCAGCGGAUCUAAAUGCAAACUCUUUGCUUUUCUCAAGGACAAAUUGAUGCAUCGAGUGAAUGGAUGGAGAGGUAGAUGGCUAUCAAAAGGAGGAAAAGAGGUUUUGAUAAAAUCAAUCUUGCUAGCUCUACCGACAUACGUUAUGUCUAGUUUCUUGCUUCCAUUAGCGAUAUGUGAAAACCUCGCAAGUGACAUUGCACAAUUCUGGUGGAGUUCAACCUCUCCAAAGCGAGGAAUUCACUGGGCAAAAUGGGAAAAGCUUUGCUUACCAAGGCAGGAGGGUGGAAUUGGCUUCCGUAUGAUCUAUGAGUUUAACCUGGCUUUUCUAGCAAAACAACUAUGGAGACUAGUUCAAUACCCUGACUCAUUAGUAGCUCGAGUUCUGAAGGGAAGAUACUAUAGAUCGAGUUCGCCUUUACGAACAAUCUCUGUAAGCAGUCCAUCUUAUGUGUGGACAAGCAUUUCAGCGGCAUGA